AUGAAUAGAAUUGAUGAUUCAAUCAGAAAAUUAAUUUAUCACGUGUUCAUAUCUAUCGAUAUCAUCUUGCAUCUAUCUAUCUAUCUAUCUAUCUAUUCGUCUUCAUAUCUAUCGAUAUCAUCUUGCUUCUAUCUCUCUAUCUAUCUAUCUAUCUAUCUGUCUAUUCGUCUUCAUAUCUAUCGAUAUCAUCUUGCUUCUAUCUAUCUAUCUAUCUAUCUAUCUAUCUAUUCGUGUUCAUAUCUAUCGAUAUCAUCUUGCUUCUAUCUAUCUAUCUAUCUAUCUAUCUAUCUAUCUAUCUAUCUAUUCGUGUUCAUAUCUAUCGAUAUCAUCUUGCAUCUAUCUAUCUAUCUAUCUAUCUAUCUAUCUAUCUAUCUAUUCGUCUUCAUAUCUAUCGAUAUCAUCUUGCUUCUAUCUAUCUAUCUAUCUAUCUAUUUAUCUAUCUAUCUAUCUAUCUAUCUAUCUAUCUAUCUAUUCGUGUUCAUAUCUAUCGAUAUCAUCUUGCUUCUAUCUAUCUAUCUAUCUAUCUAUCUAUCUAUUCGUGUUCAUAUCUAUCGAUAUCAUCUUGCAUCUAUCUAUCUAUCUAUCUAUUCGUGUUCAUAUCUAUCGAUAUCAUCUUGCAUCUAUCUAUCUAUCUAUCUAUCUAUCUAUCUAUCUAUCUAUCUAUCUAUCUAUCUAUCUAUUCGUCUUCAUAUCUAUCGAUAUAAUCUUGCUUCUAUCUCUCUAUCUAUCUAUCUAUCUAUCUAUCUAUCUAUCUAUCUAUCUAUCUAUCUGUCUAUUCGUGUUCAUAUCUAUCGAUAUCAUCUUGUUUCUAUCUAUCUAUCUAUCUAUCUAUCUAUCUAUCUAUCUAUCUAUCUAUCUAUCAAUCUAUCUCUGUGUGUUUCAAUCUAUUUUUAG